AUAAAAGGAUGUAAGAAAAAAAUUUAACAAUGUGAAAAUAGUGGAUCCCUUAACUUAAUUCACACGUCAAAAUGUAAUUGCAAUCUUGAUGGUCUAGAAGCGAAUGAAUGAUCUGGUUCCCGCUAAAACCCAGCAUCACUCAUGUCAGUCGCCAACACCAACUCCCUUCGUCUCCAGCAAACCCUAGAUUCAUGCUCUCAAUCAAUCGCUAAUGGGGACUUCAAGAAAUCAGAGGAGUCUAUAUCGAUACUUGUUCAGUUUCUUGAUUCUGUCUCAUCUGGGACGAAUGAAUCAGAAGAAUCGGCGUUUGAAGUGGUUUCAUGGAUGUAUCACUACUUGAUUUCACCUUCACUUGACCAGGCUGUUAUAGAUGCAUUAGCAUUUGAGCUGCCAAAGGCUGUAGCCAAAUUGGGUUGUGCAUCUACAAGGUGUUUUGAGAAUGCUGAAAGGAUCAUUCAUCAUUUCGUCAAUAGUUGCAGCCCACGCGAUAUGGUUUCCAUUCUUUGUGAGGCAAUGACUUCUUCAAGUGAUGGAUUUGACAAUCCUUCCUACUUUACACCUCUUUUAGGAGCUCUUGCAAAAGCUUUCGAGGCCCUCCAGAGAAGACCAUUUGAGCAAGUCAAAGCAGCCCUUCCUGUUGUCAUUAAGGUUUUAGAGGCCGUCUUAUCAAAUCCAGAAGAAGCAAACGAUACAAACUCUGUAGAUUUGCUCAAUAAAUCAAUUUUAAUCGCGCAUUCGCUUAACACAAUCUGCAUAAAACUAGAUGGCAAAGACAAGAAGCUCAUUGCUUUAUUUGGCUUAUAUGUUCUGCAAAUCACAGUUCUUAUUUCAAAUAGCGUGGGAGCGCAGGCUUCCAUAUAUUUUCCCAUGAUGUUACAAUUCUCAAACCUCCUUAGCUACUUUGGGUUUACGUAUCUUGGUCUAAUAACUGGACAUGAAGUGGACACGACUGUUGACCUUCUUUCUCAAGGUGAUGAAGAUGACUAUAUGAGUUGUUUUUCACACGUCAGAUGCGGUGCUGCCCUUACAGUACUUUGGGGAGACCUUUCUACAAAGCAAGAUCUGAAAGCAGUAAAAGACGAACUGUCUAAAUAUCAAUCAAAAAGGUGGGAAGCAGUUGGCAUGUUGAAGCACAUAUUUACUUCCACUAAACUUCCAUGGGAGCUCAAGAAACAUGCCAUUGACUUUUUGUUUUGUAUUAUGGAAAGCGUUGACCUUCAGAAGGAUCAUGAUGCAUCCUUGGACUAUUCAGUAUACACACCUAGUCUCUAUGCUUCUUUGCAGGCAAUUCAACUGGUGAUUGUAUAUGCUUCAGAUCCACUGUUACGGAAGAAAGCUUUUGAUACUUUCAAGAUGGUGCUUGCAGAUCUUCCAUCUUCUUUAAGAUUCGACAUUUUAAUGGCUUUAACAAGAAACAGUGAGUUAUCUUCAAUGAUUGCAAUUCUUCUAGGCUGUGUCAAAGAAGAAAUGCACAGGGAAUAUCCUCAAACGGUUUCAAAAGAAAAUGAAUCUGCCAAAGCAGAAAGUAACAGCUCAUCACCAUUCUGGACAGAUAAAGUUCUUGAUUUUGUGGAGUUUGUUCUAAGGCCACCACAUGGAGGACCACCUAUUCUUCCUGAAUUCACCGAUGCGGUAUUGUCUGCACUCAACCUCUAUAGGUUUAUAUUGAUCACUGAGUCAUCAGGGAAUACAAACUACAGUCAAGUGUUGUCAAAGAAUAAGUUGCAGAAGGUGUACAGGGAAUGGCUGGAACCUUUAAGAGCUUUGGUCUGUGGUGUUAGAGCUGAAAACCAGAAAGAUAACAAUGAACUGGCUUUUGACGCAUUAUGUGGUCUUAACCCUGUUGAAUUUGUUUUAUAUAGAUGUAUUGAACUCGUUGAAGAAAAUCUCAAGCGUGCUAGCUAGAUACGUUUGAUGAUACAUGAUCUGUUUUAACAUUCAUACUCAUGUAACAAUCAAAAUAUUUCCCUUCAUUUUUUUUCAUAAAUUUUUAUUCAGUCUUUUGAUUUCAUA